CCGCUGCACAGUCGCAGACUCAGUUUGUCGGCGACAGUCGAACGUGGAGCACGAGAUAUUCCGCCAGUCGAAAAGCAAACGCACGAUGUCAACCGCCGGACUAAAACCACUUCUAAGCCUCCUGCUCCUGGGCUUGGGCGUAAUACUAUUCUGCGAUGUCAGCUCCUCGAUUGCCAUAGCCCCGUCCACUUUUGGCACGGCCAUAGCGCGUGCUGGGAAGAUCUCCAAUCAGCUAAAGGAGACGACGGCCUGGAAGACCCUGACCUCGCAUCCGAAUUCACUUGUCCAACUGCUGCCGUCGAGGGCGAUGCGAGUGGUCCAGGAGGUGGUGCGAUCUCUGCGGAAAGAGCGUGAGAUCGUGGCCACCACGUCGUUGGGAAAAGUUAGGGGUCGCUACCAGAAAUAUCGAUCUGGAGAGCGAGGAGGCUACUACAGUUUCAAGGGCAUGCGAUAUGGAGCAGCACCCACAGGAGCCAGAAGAUUCCGUGCUGCGGAGCCGGAGAAACCGUGGUCCGGUAUCCGUGAUGCCUCUCGGGAGGGUCAGAGCUGUCCGCACAAGAACAUGAUCUUGGACACCUUCAAGGGGGACGAGGAUUGCCUGUUUGUCAACGUGUUUACCACUCGAAUGCCCAAGGAAGAGGAGUCCGGGGAGCAGCCCAAGCUGCCCGUGAUGGUGUGGCUGCAUGGCGGCGGCUUUUCCUUCGGCUCCGGCAACUCCUUCCUCUACGGACCCGACUACCUGGUGGCCGAGGACAUAGUCCUGGUCACCCUGAACUACAGAUUGGGCCCACUGGGCUUCCUUACGGCCGGACCCGAUGCUCCUGGCAACCAGGGUCUCAAGGAUCAGGUGCUAGCGCUCAAGUGGGUGCGUGAUAACAUAGCUGCCUUCGGAGGCGAUCCCAGCCAGGUGACCGUUUUCGGAGAGUCAGCCGGAGCUUCAUCCGUCCAACUGCUCCUACUUUCGACCCAGGCCAAGGGACUGUUCCACCGAGCAAUUUCCCAGAGUGGCUCUGCGCUGAAUCCCUGGUCCAUGUCAGCCAGUUCAGGUCAAAGAGCUGCUCGCUUGGCGGCCAAUCUGGGCUAUGUGGGAGCCAAUAGUACGGAGGAUAUACUGGACUUUUUGCGCAGAGUUCCGGCCAUGAAACUUGUGGAGGCCGCACCCACCACAAUCACAGCCGAGGACCAGCGCAACAACAUAGGUCUGCCUUUUGUGCCCGUUGUGGAGGGUUACUGGAAUCAGGACUCGCAGGAGGAGCACUUCCUCGAGGAGCCCUUCCUCACCCAGCACCCCAGCGAUAUGUACCACUCGCAGAACUUCAACAGCGACGUGGCCUACAUGACCGGUUACAAUACACACGAGGCCAUGUUGUUCAUAAGAAGACUGCGCAAGAAUCCUCAAUUGCUGAGCAUCAUUGAGAACGACUUUGGUCGUCUGGUGCCGCAGGAUCUGAAUGUAACACAAUCCCAUGACAGAGUGACCCGUGAGAUCAGAUCCUUCUAUUUGGGCAGCAAGCAUGUGGGCAUUGAAUCGGUGGACGAGAUGAUAGCGCUCCUCACGGAUCUCAUGUUCCUGCAGGGCAUUCGUCGCACAGCCAGGAAUCAUGCCAAAUUUGGCAAUGCCCCGGUUUACAUGUACCGAUUCUCAUUUGAUGGAGCCUUGGGUCUCUACAAACGGAUGCUGGGCAUUCCGCGACCCGGAGUUUGUCACGGCGAUGAGCUGGGCUACCUGUUCAAGUUCGGAUUCUUCAACUUGAGUCUGGAUCCCAAGUCGAUGGAGGUGCAGGUCAAGAACCGCAUGGUGCGCAUGUGGACGAAUUUCGCCAAAUACGGCUCGCCCACGCCGGACAUCGAGGAUCCCAUCCUGACCACCAAAUGGGCGCCUAUCGAUCCCACCAAUGUGAUGAGCAGUCUCAACUACCUGGACAUUUCGGCCAAUAUGGCCAUGAAGACGAAUCCAGAGCCGGAGCGUCAGAGGUUCUGGGACGAGAUGUAUCAGCAUUAUAAUGGUGCUGCCAUGUGAAAAAGGACAUAUACUUACCCUCACACAACACACACCACACACACCACACACACCACACACACCACACACUCAACACUAUCACCCUCGUAUUGCCAUUUUGUGAAAGAUCGCGCGAAAACCAGAAUAUUUAAUUGCAAAAAUUCAUUGUACAAUUUUCGUAGUUUGUAGGAUUUGUUAGCUAUAUGCUUAGCUAUAUUAUUAGCAGCUAGUUAUUAAGUGUUCCAGCAUUUAUCCACACCAACACCCUCACAAACACCUGCCCACACUCUCAAAACACAAAGUCAAGAUAUCUUUCCUUACUACACGUGUAUCCACAAUAACCAGGUGUAAAUAGUCAGUGUCUGUCUUAUACAUAAUGCCAACAUCUAACACUCGAUGUUUUUGUAAAUUAAAAGUAUUUUACUAGUAA